UACUGCCAGUGGAGUGAACUGGAUCCAGCCAAAACCACCGCCCAAUGCGGCGAGCCCUUCUCGCACGAUUCGGAAAGAAGAGAGAAAAAAAAAAAAACAAACACUAUAGGGUUCCACUUCGAUCAGAUCGAGCGCGGCUCCCUCCCAUGAUCUGAGCUCCAAGUCGCGGCAAUGCGGGUCACAGAUCAUCCCCUCUUCUUCUUCAUCGUUCUCGCCUCCUUCCUCGCGCUCUUGGGCCGAUCCAGCGCGCAGUGGAAGCCACAGGAUGUGUUUAGGAUCAGCUGUGGGGAAUCGCGCAGCGACAUCGAUGGCAAUGGCCUGGAAUGGACGCCCGAUGCCGAGAAUCCCAGGCUUGUUGCCGGCGGCACGCCGACCAACAGUACGCGCGGUACGAGCGGUACCUCCGUCCCAUACCGCGCGGCACGGGUAUUCACCAGCCCGGCAAGCUAUAGCUUCUCCAUCAGCCCGGGACGGCAUUGGGUCCGCCUCCACUUCGCCCCUCUCGCGGACGCCUCCUCGCGUGCGCGCUUCUCGGUCGCGAUUGGAUCGCGGCUGCUCGUCGCGAACUCCAGCAUCGCGGAAGACAUUGCCGCCGGCAAUGGAUCGAGCCCGGUGGUGAGGGAGUUCACGAUCCACACCAGCGGCACCGCCGUCGCCGUCACGCUCACCCCCAGCGCCUCCUUCAUCGCCUUCGUCAGCGGCAUCGAGCUCAUCUCCAUGGCGCGCGACGCGCUGUCGCCCAGCGUCGUGGAGAUCUCGCCCGAGGCCAGCGAGAGCCGGCAAGUGGAGAUCGCCGGGAUCCUGGCGCGCACGCUCUACCGCCUCAAUGUGGGCGGGGACCUCAUCGCCCCGGGCAACGAUUCCUCCUCCCAGGCCCGGACGUGGCUGCCGGACGAGCCCUUCCUCCAAGGAGUCGCGCGAGGGGUGCCCGUGCCGCCGGCUGUACCGGACAUCGUCUACCCGGCCACGGUGCCCGAGUACAUUGCGCCGCGCGGCGUCUACGGUACCGCGCGGUCCCUGGGCGGCUCCAACACCGUCACAAACGCGUUUAACAUCUCGUGGGCGUUCUCGGUCGCGCCCGGCUAUGCCCACUACGUCCGCCUCCACUUCGCGGAGCUCGUCUACAGCUCUCCAAUGCAAAGGAUCUUCAGCGUUUACAUCAACAACCGGACAGCCAUCCGAGCUCUAGAUUUGAUCCAGCAAACCGGCGCCGCCAACACUCCCUACUACCGAGAUUUCCUGGUUCUUCCAGUGGACGGGCUCGCUAACCUCCGGCUCCAAGUCGGGCCUCUCACCGGAUCGAACAGCCAGGUCCAGGACGCGAUUCUAAACGGCGUGGAGAUCUUCCGGCUCAACGACUCGUCCGGGAGCGUGGAUGGGCUGGCUGUGGUGCCGCGGAGCUCGGACAGUGGCGGUAACGGAGGCCACCACCUCGGUGUGAUAAUCGGCUGCGUCGCUGGCGGGGUGUUCGCGCUGGUGGCGAUCGCGCUCGCGAUUUGUUUCUUCUUCCGCUGCUGCAAAGGUGGCGGGAAGAAGCCGAGCACUUCGUCCUGGCAAGCUUUGGGAAAUGGCCACCCCCACCACCACCACCAUGCUUUCUCGCUCACCACGCUCGGCUCCACGAUGGGAGCCGGCUCGCCCAGGAGCGCCGCCGGGAGCUACUACAAUGCCGGCUCGGCUGCCAGCGCCGGAGGCCACGGCCGCUACUUCACGCUCCAGGAGAUCGCCGAGGCCACGAACAGCUUCGACGAGACAAGGCUCCUCGGCGUGGGAGGAUUCGGUCGCGUCUACAAGGGCGAGAUCGACAAUGGCACGCUGGAGGUGGCGGUGAAGCGCGGCAACCCGAGGUCGGAGCAAGGCAUAGCCGAGUUCCAGGCGGAGAUCGGGCUCCUAUCGAAGCUCCGCCACCGCCACCUUGUCUCUCUCAUCGGAUACUGCGACGAGCAGUCGGAGAUGAUCCUGGUCUACGAGUACAUGGCCCGAGGGCCUCUCCGCGGCCAUCUCUACGGCACGGAGGAUCUCCAGCCGCUACCCUGGCGGCACCGGCUGGAGAUCCUGGUCGGGGCGGCGCGGGGAUUGCACUACCUCCACACCGGAGCCGCGAUCAUCCACCGGGACGUGAAGACCACCAACAUCCUUCUAGACGAGCAUCUGGUGGCGAAAGUGUCCGACUUUGGGCUGUCCAAGACGGGGCCGAUGCUGGAUCAAACGCACGUCUCCACGGCCGUGAAGGGGAGCUUCGGGUACCUGGAUCCGGAGUACUUCCGGCGGCAGCAGCUCACGGACAAGUCGGACGUGUACAGCUUUGGAGUGGUGAUGGUGGAGGUGAUGUGCGCGCGUCCCGCCAUCGAUCCGGCGCUGCCAAGAGAGCAAGUUAACAUCGCCGAGUGGGCGAUGAGCGCGCAGCGCAGCGGGAGGCUGGAGGAGAUACUGGACCCGACGCUGCGGAGGCCCGGGAGCGACGAGGACGCGGACAUGGCGUCGGUGAGGAAAGUUGGCGAGACCGCGGACAAGUGCUUGCAAGAGAAUGGCGUCCAGAGGCCGAGCAUGGGCGAUGUGCUGUGGAACCUCGAGUCGGCGCUGCACAUCCAGGAGGCCGCGCAGAGGAGAUUUGGACGUGAGAAUGGUGGUGGUGGUGGCGAUGCUGGCGGUGGAGUAGCGGCGCCGGCGGCUGGGGCGGUGGAGAAUGGUGGUGCUACUUCUAGUGUUCCAAUCAGCGCUCGUCAAGCGCCUGGGCAAGCUUCUAACGAGAGCCAGCGAACCACGAGCGAAGUUACUGACGAUUACUACGAUGGCUACUCGGAGGACGCCUCCGCCAGCGCGGUCUUCUCCCAGCUCGUCAAUCCUCAAGGAAGAUAAGUUCUAGCCAUGUGGAUUUUUGUUUUUUCUUCUAUUCUUUGGAGCUUCCAAAUGCUCACUACUUACAAUUUUUCAUGAAACUCGCAUUUAUUCGUAGCGGAU